CUUUAUGCAUGUUGACAAGUUGUUGCCAAUGAACACAAUAAAAUGAAAAACAGCGAAAAUCCGGACGAUCUGCAAUUUAAAAACGAAAACCCUGGUUCAGUAAAAUUUGGUAAUUUUAUAAAUUACUAUAAAUUUCAUCCGCCAGAGCAAAGAACAGAACACUUACCAUUGGACCUAUGGUAUAGUGAAAAAAAUUGUAAACAAGUAUUGUUGGAUGUAGGGUGUAAUGCUGGAAAUUUGACCAAAUCAAUUUAUGAUGUUUUUAACGAAUCCUUAUCAACAAACACAGACAUCCUGGGUAUUGAUAUUGAUCCAGAAUUAAUCAAAAGGGCAAAAGAAAGUUACGAGUGUAAUAAUAUACAAUUUAAAACCAUGAAUAUCAUGGAGGAAUCAUCAGAUUUAAAAGAUUUUUUAGAUAAACAUUCAAUAGAUCAAUUUACAACAACUUUCUGUUUCUCUGUAACAAUGUGGAUUCACCUUAAUUAUGGGGAUGAUGGUUUGAAAAAAUUCCUAUGGAAUUUAUCAAAAUUAUCAAAGAUUUUAGUCAUAGAACCUCAACCCUAUAAAUGUUACAAAGAAGCUGUAAAAAGAUUGAAAAGCAGCAAGGAAGAAUUUUCUUUCUUUAAGGAUCUCAAAAUAAGGCAAACUGUAGAGGAAGUUAUAGAAAAAUAUUUACUAAAUCAUUGCCACAUGACUAAAAUUUAUGAAAGUGAAAGAAUAAGUUGGGGAAGGAAAUUAUUAUGUUUUAAAUCCUCAUAACAAAAUAUAUUUUUAGUUGGAGA